AUGUGGUUCUCCAUAAUUUCUCUCCUGUUGGCUGCAAACACAUUGACAGCCAUAGUGCCAAAUCCGAGACCAAGUCCACCCCAUCACCCAUUAUCUGACGCAUUCAUCGAUUCCAUCAAUCUCCAACAAUCUACGUGGCAAGCGGGUAGGAAUUUUCCGGAAAACUUGCCGAUUUCCUACCUGAAAAAACUCAUGGGGGUGCUUCCCCAGCACAAGAACUACAUGCCCCCCGUUUUGGAACAUAAUUUGGAGGGUGUGGAGAUCCCCAAGGAGUUCGAUGCCAGGCAGGAAUGGCCCCAUUGUCCCACAUUACAGGAGAUUAGGGACCAGGGGUCUUGUGGAUCUUGUUGGGCUUUUGGAGCAGUUGAAGCUAUGUCAGACAGAGUUUGCAUCCAUUCCAAAGGAGCAGUGAACAUCCACAUUUCUGCAGAUGAUCUUGUCUCCUGCUGCUGGACCUGUGGCAUGGGAUGUAAUGGGGGUUUCCCAGGUGCUGCAUGGCACUAUUGGGUCAGGAAAGGAUUGGUUUCAGGAGGACCAUUUGGGUCCAAUCAGGGUUGCCGACCAUACGAGAUUGCCCCCUGCGAACACCACGUGAACGGUACUCGCCCCCCUUGCGAUGGAGCAGAGGGCAAAACGCCGAAAUGCGUGCAGAAAUGCGAGAACUCCUACACCAUCACUUACGAUAAGGACAAGAAUUUCGGAUCUAAAGCCUAUUCGAUUUCCAGCGACGUGAGCCAAAUUCAGGCCGAGAUUUACAAGAACGGGCCAGUAGAGGGGGCUUUCUCUGUGUACUCUGAUUUCGUCAACUACAAGAGCGGGGUGUACCAACACGUGCAAGGCUCCAUGUUGGGCGGCCACGCCAUCCGCAUCUUGGGGUGGGGGGUGGAAAACGACACCCCCUAUUGGACGGUGGCGAAUUCCUGGAACGCCGAUUGGGGCGAUCACGGCACCUUCAAAAUCCUCCGGGGCAAGGACCAUUGCGGCAUCGAGAGCGGCAUCGUGGCAGGGUUGCCCAAAUAAUAAGGGUUACCCAAAUAAUAAGGGUGGCCUGAUAUUUGAGGGUUGUCCGAUUGAGGGUUGUGUUUUAUCAAAAAGUUGUUGUCGAGGCAUAAUAUGCUUUCCCCCAAUAGGCCUUUUCAUUGAUGAAAUAAACCUCUGGUGUUCGCACUUCAAUCCUGUUUCCUGUUUUACAAUUCCUUGAUUUUCGCCUACUUCGAUGAACAUAACAUGGCGUGGGUGAAUGUCGCUAAAUUUAGUCUGGUGCCGUACCAAAAUUACAGGCAUCAAUGUGACAAUUGUGACCGAAUUGUGACCAAUGAAGAUAGGGAAUACAUUAUGCGAUUUAGCCGCAUCAAGGUUGGUAGAGCUGAUGUUGAUCAU